AUAGUCAGUCACAAUUGCCCCUCUGUCCUACUGUCACAUGCAUCACAGACACCCCUACAAUCAUUCUUUCCUACAUCUAUUCAUUCAUUAAUUGAGUGUCACCAACCUCCACCUCCACCUCCUUUGCUCCAUGGCUAGCUUGAGCUUCAUCAUUGGCAUCAUAGGAAAUGUGAUCUCUAUACUGGUUUUUGCCUCCCCCAUAGGGACUUUUCGUAGAGUAGUGAAGAAGAAAUCAACAGAGAAUUACAAAGGAAUUCCAUACAUAACUACUCUGUUAAGCACAAGUUUGUGGUCUUUCUAUGGAAUUCUCAAGCCUGGCGGCUUACUUGUCCUUACUGUGAAUGGUGCUGGUGCCAUUAUGCAGUUCAUCUAUGUCACUCUGUUUCUGAUCUAUGCUCCCAGGGAUGUAAAGAUCAAGUCCAUGAAAGUGGCAGCCGUAUUGGAUGUUGGCUUUCUUGGAGCAGUGAUUGCACUAACUCUCCUAGCCUUCCAUGGAAGUUCUCGGCUUAUCUGUGUGGGAAUUUUUUGUGCAGGAUUGACUAUAGUCAUGUAUGCAUCUCCUCUUUCAGCCAUGAGGAUGGUGAUAAAGACGAAGUCUGUGGAGUUCAUGCCGUUUUUUCUCUCAUUUUUCCUAUUCCUCAAUGGAGGUGUUUGGUCUGUUUAUGCAGUGCUUGUCACGGAUUUCUUUAUUGGAGUUCCAAAUGCCGUAGGAUUUGUGUUGGGGUCAGCCCAGCUGAUCCUCUACGCAGUCUACAGAAACAAGUCAAGGCCUUCAGCAACAUCAGAGGAGAGAGUGGAGGAGGAAGGCUCGGCCCACACGGUGAAAAGAGCGGUUGAGAUGCAAGUCUCUAAGGAUGAUGGCAAGGCCAGUCCAAAAAAUCAUAGCCUCAGCAAGGGAAGAAGCCUCCCCAUGCCCUUCAUAUCUCGACAAUACAGCUUACAGAAGAUCAUGAGAACUCUUUCCUGGAGUCCAUGUGAGCUGCAGGAUCGGCAGCAAGAUAAGGACAUUGAGAAGGGUGACAUAUGAUCACAACCUUCAUUAGAACAUCAAGAAUUAAUGCAGCACAGAAUCACUCUCCUGUGCAGUUCUUGUAAUAUGAAGCUAUAGUUACCGGGAAAAUCGAAUCCUUUAAAAUGACAGCAUAAAACAUAACAGUACCCUUUUGUAAAGAAGGGCAUGUGAGUUGUAUACUUAGAAGUUGGCAGUACUCAUUUGCAGUUCAUAGCCACUUCCUCUUAAGUGAGAUUAAUAGAUUGAAAACUCUCUCUAAGAUUCUUCUUCAAA